AUGUUUGCCAUCCCUCCUCCGCCUAGAUAUCCUACGAAUAGUAACCUAAUAGCCACAACUCUCGAGACUGCAAAUACUCUUCAUCACCGCGAAGGACCGGAAUAUAAGUUCCAGGCCGGCGAAGGUCGAUAUGUCCUACGCGACGACCUACUGCUAGCAACGCCGCCUCCGCAUCCCUCAGAAGUUCCUAUCGUUAACCCGAACCCGCUUAGUACCAGCCUGAACCCACCGACAAGUGGCGUCAAGCUCUCCCUUGUUUCUCUAAAUCCCAAGCAGAUCAACACAGACUUGUACCGGACGACCACUGCCACCAGCAAAGCCAAGGAAUAUAAAGAACUCAAGGACUUGGAGAAAGAGCCGAGGUCCUCCAUCGACACCACCAGCGAUAUCAGCAACCUGGCGGCGUCGGCAAAUGGCAGUAAUAAAUCUAGCGUCAAGGUUUUUGGCGAGGGCAACGCCGCAUUGUCGCCGGUCAUCAGCCGGGGGGACAACCUGAAGCGCCGGAAACCCAAAAACAACAUUAUCAAGAGUAAUUCUUCCUUCGUCUCCCGCGUUAUCCCCCACGAAUCACUAGCGAAGAAGCUGGUCGAGCGAGACCAGGGCGGGACUUUCUGUUUUGCAAACAUCAACCGAGCCUUCCAGUGGAUUGACCUCUCCUCGAGCUCGAAACAGGAUCCCAUGACCAAGAUCCUCUUUACCAAGGCGCACAUUUUGUGCCACGACGUAAAUGCAUUGACCAAACACUCGACCCAUCUCGAUGUCAUCAUGGGGUCCUCGGCGAGCGACAUAAUCUGGUACGAACCCAUGUCCCAGAAGUAUGCCCGAAUCAACAAGAACGGCGUCAUCAACAGCUCUGCCGUCGCCAAGAUCAAAUGGAUACCGGGGUCGGAGAAUCACUUUCUUGCUGCCCAUGUGGACGGAAUGCUAGUGGUUUACGACAAGGAGAAGGAAGACGCGCCUUACAUUUCGGAGGAACUCGUGGAUGAAGGCAUCAGUAUCCCCGACGAGGACCAGUCGACUUUGGUGAUCACAAAGAGCGUCAAUUCCCAGAACCAGAGGACCAAUCCGGUGGCGUGUUGGAAGAUCUCGAACCAGGCCAUCACUGAUUUUGCAUUCUCGCCCGACAGCAAGCAUCUGGCCGUGGUAGGAGACGACGGCUUCCUUCGGAUAAUCGACUAUCUGCAGGAAAGGCUCACCGACAUAUACUCAUCCUAUUAUGGAGGCUUUACCUGUGUUUGCUGGUCGCCGGAUGGGAAAUAUGUCCUUACCGGUGGCCAAGAUGACCUGGUGACUAUUUGGUCCCUCGAUGAACGACAGAUCAUCGCACGGUGCCACGGUCAUGAUUCGUGGGUCACCGCAGUAGCCUUUGACCCUUGGCGGUGCGAUGAACGGACGUAUCGUUUCGGGAGCGUGGGAGACGACUGCAAGCUCUUGCUAUGGGACUUUAGCGUUGGAAUGCUCCAUCGUCCUAAGGUGGCGACGGCUCGACCGAGAGGCAGCAUCUCGACGCAAUCAGUAUCAUUGCUUCGACAGCGAACAGAGAGCACGAGCGUUGUCAAUCGAGUUCGAUCAGAUUCCAACCGCACUGGAAGUUUCAAGGAAGACACUGUCGACGAGUCAGAAUUCCUCAACCAUGCCGUCGAAGCGAGAGCCCGCACGGCUGUCUUACCUCCUGUCAUGUCCAAAAAGAUAGAUGAGCAUCCUCUCAGUGGUCUGGCAUUUGAACAGGACUGCAUUAUCACUUCUUGUUCAGAGGGACACGUGCGAACCUGGGAUCGACCUCGUGAAAAUGCCAACAGCAGCCAGACCAACCUAUCGGAAAAGCCCAAAGCAUGA